AUGGUCAUCUUUUCUGCCUAUAGGGCCCCAGCGCCAGUUCUCUCGAAGGGGGAAGGGCCUCGCCCAGAAGAAAGCCAACGAUUUGCAUCAAGGUCAAUGGGCUAUCGAGAGUCGCGAAGUGAAGAUCGGUGUGUCGGAAGAAGAAAACUCGUCGUGCUCGAUCGUUUCUCAUUCAUCUGUUGCCUCAUUGAUCCGUUCGACCCACAAAAGCCGAGCACAUCAACGGGUGAAACGGGGAAGUCCCGUGGGGACCUCCCCACCAAAUAUCCCAAUACAAGUGCUAUACAGCUAAAGAUGGGACAAAGGAUGGCAAAGAAUCAAAUGGAAGCUGGCGUGCGUUUGUAUCACUCACGACAGCCGGCUUUGGCUGUCGCCAAGUGGAAGACGGCUUUGACGAGAUUGGCAAAUGCAGAGGAACGCUUCAUCACUCUCGGCUAUUUAGCCCAAGCCUUUUGCGAUUCAGGCGAAUACGAGACAAUGCUGCACUACGCUUUACAACAAAUCGAGUUAGCGAAUGAUCGAAACGAUGAAUUUAUGAAGAGUGAAGCGUUUCUGAAUCUCGCAAAAGCUUACGAGAGAUUAGCUGACUUCACGAAAGCGUUGGCUUAUGGAAAAGCAAGUUUGCAACAUCCAAGCAUGGAUCCGCGAACGCCCGGAUAUGCGCAUUUGGCGUUGGCAAUGGCUCACCUCGGCUUUUCUCAAUUUCAACAAUCGCUUGAGUCUUUCGAAGAGGCAAUGAACGUAGCGAAUUCGACAUCGGAUCGUUUAUUAGAGCUGCAGAUUUGUGUCGGACUUGGCUCACUUUUUACUCUCUUGAGGGAUCUCACUAAAGCAUUGAUAUUUCUGCGAAAUGCGAUGACGAUCGUUGAAUCGGUGACGGUGGAUGAUGUGCACGCAAAAUAUCGAUGCACAAUCCUUUACCAUUUGGCUGUCGUACUGCGAAUACGCGGCAGUUUAGCUGAAGCGAAAGAAGCCUGUGAUGAAGCUCUCUCAUUGUGCUCGGAGAACGGGAAUCGAGCCUUGCACGCGCGGUGUAUGGCCUGUUUAGCCGAUAUCUAUCGAGAGCUCGGCGAGAGUGAAGCCAAGGAAACGUUAACGAAAUCUUGGGCUCGCUAUGAGGAGGCUUUUCGAGUGAUGCGACAGACAAAUGACAGAAUGGGAGAGGUGAUUGUUCUCGGUUCGAUGGCUAAAUCGGCGUCCGAAAGUCGCUCUCAUUACACAGGACAAUGCGAGUGUCAAGCGAUUCAACUCAACAAGAAAUGCCUGGAGAUUGCGCGAAUUAUCGGCUGUCGGCAUGUGAUGUUGAAAUGUCACCUUCGAUUAGCCGAGCUUUACUCUCAAUUGAGCGAUGAGGAUUCGGAAGAAGUGGCGAGGAGAGCGGCUAGUGCAUUGACACAGGAAAUGGAACUCUUCUGCAAUUUCUGCGGACAACGAUUUGGGUUGAAAGACGAGAGCCUUCAAGCACUUCGAUGUUCGCAUAUCUUUCAUGAGAAAUGUCUUCACACAUUCCUUUUGGAGCGAGCCGAUCAAACUUGUCCAAAAUGUCGAUGUCGAGCGAUUCUCUCGGAUAACAUUUCCAUGAGAACACCGUCGAUUUGUAGUACGGCUGAGUUGCAGAGUCCAAGUAGCGCCUUUUUCCCACCGAUUGGCGCCAUUCGAACGCCGUUAGUCGACGCGGGCACACUGAAAAGGCGACAGUCUGAAGACGAUGGCGAGAAGACGCCGACUUUGGAUGAAAACCACGUGAUCCCAUCGCAAAAGGAGCUAGACUAUUUGGAUAAAACGCUUCAAAAGUUGAGUGAAAAACAGUCGACCAGUGGGAAGAGUGAGCGACAAACGGGAAGAAAAGAUGGCACAAUUUUGCUGAAAAAAAAGCCGCCUCCACCGCCGCGGAAGCCUUGCUGUAGUCGGGACUCCCUCCCACCAUCUACCGUCGUGACUCUUCCACCGCCAAUGGCUCUCAACGAAAACGGGCCACUCGUCAUGCAACGAGCCCCCACAAUAACCGAUGUC